AAGAAAGUGGGUAGAAAGCUGGGGAAAGAGGCAUGCGGCGAACGCGAAGAAAACGGAGAUGCCGAUGACAUCGCCGCUUUAAAUGUCAGCUGGCCCUGAACCCCGAGCCGAACCCUUCGAACCGAGGCGCUGUCAAAAACAGUGUGUCGAGCAAAUCAGACCGUCCGGCAUAAGGCGACGCGAGUGAAAUUGUGAAAAUCCGUAGAUUGUAGACCUCCCGAAAGCAGUCGAAAGUUCUUCACCUCUCUUCCGUUGUCCGUUUUCCUCUCUUCUCGUGCUUUCUUCGUCGCGACUCGACCGACUAUGGAAAGGUUCGGAGUGCCACGUGGCAAGCGGCCGAGGGUGCAAGUCUCCCUGGACGACAAGGAGCGGGCCAUAGCCCGUAUUCGGGGCGGCGAGACCAAGGCCGGCAUCUCCCGCGAGCUGGGCGUCCCGGAGUCCACCGUCCGGGGCUGGGUGAAGCGGGCCGAGCAGCGGAUUGCCCGCGAGGCGGCCGUCCAGCAAGGUGCCAGCAACUAUCCCUCGAUCCUGGCCAUGGCCAUGGCCAAGCCCCAGAUCAGCAACACCCAACCCAGCGCCACCUCGAACGGCUCCUCUGUAUCCGUGGCUACUUCGCCAUCACUGAAGCCGCCCCAGAAGCGCUCCAUCAACGGUCACCCUGUGCCGCGUCCACUUCCAACUCUACAGAACCAGAUCGCACCUGUGCCGCUGCCGCUGCCCGUGCCACUGCCCUUCCCCGUGCCUCCUCCGAGCGACGGCUCGGCCGACAGCCAGCUCCAGAUCAACGCCUGGCUGCACAUCUUCAACGCCGGCAUCCUGAACUUCACCCUGAUCACCACCGCGGCCCUGUUACAAGCUCGUGCCCGCGGCGUGGCCGAUCGUCUGCCACUGUGGCAAAUCAUCACAGACUUCGUGGAGGAAGCGGGCCGCAAUGUGGCCGCCAACGGGGGCCAGUAUGUGGAGACGGCGGCCCCAUCACCGGUCGCCAUCACCGCAGCUCCGCCGGAGACGAGUCCGCGGCACAGGCAGAGCCAUCCGCCGCGCAACAGCUUCGCAGCUCCACGUCUUCACAUCACCGCCGAGGACGACGAGGAUGGGCCCACGGAGCAGGAUGUGGAUCCGUGAUACCUGCCGGAGUCCUGGAUACUGUGAUUUAGAUUUAGUAACAGAUGAAACACACAUUUGUAAGACACAAGCUAGUCAUUCAGCUAGUCACGGAACGCUAAGCGUUCAUCGCACAACUAUGAUGAGAUCCUUUAAGUAAAUCCUUUAGACUG